CUGGAGGGUGGGUGUCCCAGGUCCCCCGAGAGGGCGGGUGCCCGAGCCCUGCCCCGGAAGGGCCAGGCCGGAGCUCACCCCAGGAGGGCUCGCCUCACCAGGACGGUGCCCAAGCUGACCCCUGCGAAGGCAGCCUCCUGUUCGGAUCCCUACGGGGUCUCCCAGCAACGCCUGCCCAGGAUGCGGGAAGUCAGGGCCUCCAGGGGCCAGGGCCAGUCCCCCAGCGGGAUUGGCACUCUGGACCUGUCCUGGGUCAUGCUGCUCAUGUACGUGCUGGCAGCCCUGGAGCUCACCUGCCUCUUCAUGCAGUUCUCCAUCAUGCCAUACCUGUCCCGGAGGCUGGGCCUGGACUCUGUCGCCUUCGGCUACCAGCAGACCAUCUUUGGCGUGCUUCAGCUGUUGGGCGGGCCCGUGUUUGGCAGGUUCGCAGACCAGCGCGGGGCGCGGGCAGCGUUCACGCUCUCCUUCCUGGCAUCCUCAGUGCUCUACCUGCUCCUGGCGGCCGCCUGCAGCCCGGCCCUGCCUGGCGUGGCCUUACUCUUUGCCUCGCGCCUGCCCGGCGCCCUCAUGCACACGCUGCCAGCCGCCCAGAUGGUCAUCACGGACCUGUCUGCGCCUGAGGAGCGGCCCGCGGCCCUGGGCCGGUUGGGUCUGUGCUUCGGCGUUGGCGUCAUCUUCGGCUCCCUGCUCGGCGGGACCCUGAGCAGCACGUGCGGGAUCCAGUGUCCAGUCAUCGUGGCUCUUGUGGUCAACCUCCUGGGAGCCAUUCUCAGCUUCACCUGCCUCCCCACCAGCACCAGAGGGGCCGGCGCCCAUGCCCAGGCUGUCCUGCCAGGGAAACCCAAGGCCAGCCUGUUUGACCUGAAGGCCAUCACCUGCCUGCUGCUGCAGCCGGGCGUCCUGCCGGUGUUUCUGGUCAAGGUCAUCUGCGGCUUCCCCUCAGGGCUCUUCAUGGUCAUGUUCUCCCUCAUCUCCAUGGACUUCUUUCAGCUGGAGGCCGCCCAGGCCAGCUACCUCAUGUCCUUCUUCGGGGUCCUGCAGAUGGUGCCGUCCUGCACGCCCGCCUUUUGGGUGUUCCAUCCACACCUUAGCUUCUGGCUUGUCCUCCUCUCCCUGCUCGCGGCUCCCACGCCUGGGUCUGUCUGCCCACCCGUCUGCCCGGAGGUCCCGUCUGAGAGGGGAGAGGGGAGACUCAUCCGCAGUGGAGGCUGGCGAGCCCUUGGCCUCCCAUUGGGAAACACGGCGGAGGCCCAUGGUCCGCCGAGUGUCCGUCUGGGCGCCGGCGGUGGACAGGUCAGGAAGGGGGGCAGACCCCAGUGGUGGGGCGCAUUACAAGGAGAAUGGCCGGGCUCUGCGUCCCGCCCGCCUGUCCGCCGGUCGUGUGACCGUGGCGGGGACAGGUGGCGACGUGCAGCCGCCACCCGGGACAUCUGCCUGACAGCCGGAGCGCAGGAGGGGCUAUUCUGGGAUCUGCCUGGGCGGGGGAGAGAGCUCACGCUCUCCGGAAGCGAGUGGCAUUCCCAGCACCUCCAGGCCAUCCGCUGCCCGUGCCUCUGGGCCCAGGACUGGUCUAGACUCUGGUUCUAAAAUAGUCACUCCUGGGAGGGGCUGGCCCCCCACCCCACCCCACCGUGGGCCAAGAGGGCCUAGCUGGGUGGGCUGGGAAGUGCCAGCCUGGUGGUGGAAAAGAGAUAAACAGAAAACAACAACAACAAUAAUAAUACUCUAAAUUGGGGGCCACUGGAGCUUUCUUCUAAACGGCUGCUCCCGGGAAUUCCCUGGCGGUCCAGUGGUUAGGACUCCACGCUUCCACUGCAGGGGGCACAGGUUCGAUCCCUGGUCAGGGAACUAAGAUCCCGCAAGCCGUGCAU